GGCCUUGCGAGGUCACGGGGUCAGUAGGCAAUAAAAUAUGGCGCGUUGAGCAGUUGCUGAGGAGGUUUAUUUGUUUUACGCAACUUGUGACGAUUUAUAAAAAUAUUAACUGAUUUUUUUUUUAAACUUUGUCUUACAAUGGAUCCCGGUGAUUAUACAUUUUCUUUAGAAACGUUUAAUUCGUGGAAAUUGGAAGCACUGAAGGAUUUUUUAAGCAAAAGAGGACUGUCCACCGAUGGAACUAAGGCCGAGUUAGCUGCUUUGUGUUUCGCUGCGAAUUCCAUGAAGUUGCCUAUGAAAGUUUCAGACUGUGAAUAUGUUUGUCAGCUUCAGAAAGAAUAUAACGAUUUGUUGCAUGUAGAUGGGUCUGUGUUACCCGAUCCGUUCAAAAUAGGGGCAGGAUGGCAGGAUGAAAUGAGUGGGAUGUCUCAGUGGCCACCGUUAUUCUUAUCUGACAUAGUAAAUUUCUUUAUAGACAAAGGCACUAGCAACACCGUGAAAACGUACAUGAACGAUUACAAGAUUGGCAAGGCUUUUGAAUAUUGUUCAGCUAAUUUUAUUAAAGAAAUAUUUUUCCAUUCUGUUUCUUCCACAUCUCCAGUAUGCUUUGUUAGAGCGAAGUGUACCCCAAGUCAGAGGGUCACGGACGAGAAUCACACGAUGUGGGUGGCUAUUUCAAAGGAAUCUGGAUGUGUUAAGUCUGCAUUUUGUUCCUGUACUGCUGGAAUGGGUCAGACUUGCAAUCACGUAGCAGCCCUUUUGUUUCGAGUGGAAUCGGCAAAUAAACUAGGUCUUACAUCGUGCACAUCAUUACCAUGCCAGUGGAAAGUCCCAGCAGCAACUAAGGUGGUGCCAACAAAGAUAAAAGAUUUGACCAUUCGCAAGUCGCGCCAUGGGCAAGAAAAAACAAGACCGUUAGUUUCCAAUCUGAAAAACCAGUUUAAACCGCUUGAGUCCUUGAACAUUGACAGGAAUACAUUUAUUGAUGAGCUGAGAAAAGCAGUUCCAAAUGCUUGUCUGUUGAAAGGUACAGAUAUACCUGAUGUAUUGCCUCUUGAAAAUUCUCAAGAACUUGGACAACAAGCAUGUGAAGUGGAAGCCUAUCGGUACUGCCUAAACAACAUUGCCUCAGGUCAUCAGACAGUUGAGGACUUUAUUGACCAUCAAUUGCUGACAGAAAAUGAAGUCAACCUCAUUGAGGAAAAGACUGUAGGACAAAGUAGUAACUCUUUAUGGCACGAUCUUAGGAAAGGCAGGAUUACUGCUUCUAAUUUUUAUGCCGUUCAUACUCGCAUGAAUUCACUGAAGAAAAAUCCUGAAGUAGAUAUGAGUUCGAUUGUGUCGGUGAUAAUGGGUGAAUCAACUCCUAAUUCUAACAUCAAAGCAUUGAAGUUUGGAAGAGAAUCUGAGCCACUUGCAAAGACUAUCUACUGUAAUAUGUAUAAAGAUAAUCAUGUCAAUGCAAAAUUUAGGGAAUGUGGAAUCUUUUUACAUCAAGAGUUUUCUUAUUUAGCUGCUAGUCCUGAUAUGUUGGUGUCAUGUGACUGUUGUGGUGAAGGGCUUUUGGAGGUAAAAUCAACAUUGAAACCAAAAUGUGAUUCAUGCCCAUCAUUUUGUUUAUGUAAUUUACCAGAUUAUCUUUUAUCUACUGAUGGUGAAAUGGACAUUAAGAAAAAUCACCGCUAUUUUUGUCAAGUUCAAGGGCAGAUGACCAUUACAAAACGCAGGUGGUGUGAUUUUUUUGUGUAUUCCUGUAAUGGUAAUUUUUUGAAAAGAAUCAAUUUUGAGGAAAAAUACUUUGCAGAUGUUCAAGUUAAUUUGAUUGAUUUCUUUAAAAAAAUCAUUGCACCAAAAGUUUGUGAAAAACUAAAUAUACCUGUUAUUUCAUGCCAAGUAAAACUGUUGAAUGAAUGUGAACCAAAACCAAUGGAGGUUGAAAGUAAUGGAGGUGUUUAUUUCUGUUUGAUUUGUAAAAGCCAGAUUCAAGAACAAGAAAAUGUAAAAUCAUUUUCACAGCGCAGCAUUUGUUGUGAUAUGUGUGAUAAUUGGUAUCACUUUAAAUGUGUAGGCAUGUCAAAGUCAGUUUUGAACACUACUUCUUCUUGGUUUUGUAAAACUUGUGAUUCAUGUAAUGUUUAAACUGCAUACCAAUUUGUCAACAGAUACACUGGAUUUGUAAAUUUCUUAUGAUGUAAUACAAGUUGAAUACUGUUUCUGUAGUGGAAUAUAGAUUUAUGAUUAAACUUUCCAUGAAAAUGAU